AUCAAUAUUCUCCAACUCCAUGAAUAAGGAAGCAAUGGCUAAUAACGCUGACGCUAUUAUUCCUGUGGAGAUUCCACCUGAAAUCACUGAAAAUGCUACAAUAAUGGACGACGGCAUACCGUUGGAGCCGGCGAUGAAUAUUUCUGAAAAUACAAAUGUAGUGGGGGAAGACAUCAUUAUAUUACCCCGCGACGGUAGUGAUGGAACUGCUGCAGCAGCCGAGGAUGGUCUGAGAGGGGCACCAAUAAACCUAUCCGAAAACGCGACAAUAAUUGAUGAAGGUUUAAAAUUGUGUCCGUUGUGCCUGUCUCAGAUCAAAAAGUUUUUUAUAAACUUCAAUGAGAAGAUGCUCAUGUGUGAGAACACGGCGUGCGAGUUUCCAUUCGGCUACGAGGACCUGCAGUUCUCCAAGGUGGACAAAAAUGCUGGUCCCGAUGAAGAGAUCAAUUUACGGCGAGAGACACCAGUAGACACACCAUCGGCCAGCUGCUCGGUUGUCUCUGGUGCUGCGUGGACCGAAAUAGACAACAUGAAUCGAGCUUACGAAUCUGAGGAUAGCCAGUUCGAAGUCAAACCAUAUUUUUCAAAGAAACCGAAAAAAGUCGAACCAGAGAAUGAUAAGGAGCUACUCAAAAUAGUAGGCGAUAUAAAGGUUUUGAAUAACCAAUUAACAACCAUUGAUAAUACGAAUCCAGAGCAGCGUAUACAAAAUCAGAAGUGGUUAAAGAAUUUAAUGAACAAACAAUCGACUUCAGGGGUAUCUUUACUGAAGCCGGAGGAAAUGAUGACAUUGAAGAAUGAACAACCCGCGUUGGGGCCGGGAGAUUUGAAAAUUGAUAUUGAUACUAGUGAUGCUAAUGGUAUGCCACUUGUAAACGUACUAAUUAAAACACCUGAUGAAUAUUCGAAGCUUUUUAUUGACCCUUCGUUUCCUGUCAUAUCCUACUUAUUUUUUAUAGCUUCAACUUUAUUUAGAUCCGACUUCAUACCAUGCAUAUUAAAUACAUGA